CUCUUUCUUCCACGAAGCUCCGGUGUGAGUAAGAUCUCGUCUUUAAACCAGUUUGUGGCAAUCCUUGGAAGCACUGCAAAGAUGCCCAGGGAAGACCGAGCAACGUGGAAGUCCAACUAUUUUCUGAAAAUUAUCCAAUUACUGGAUGAGUUUCCGAAAUGUUUCAUCGUGGGGGCAGACAAUGUUGGCUCCAAGCAGAUGCAGCAUAUCCGUAUCUCCCUGCGUAGCAAAGCUGUUGUGUUGAUGGGCAAGAAUACCAUGAUGCGCAAGGCGAUCCGAGGCCACAUAGAGAACAAUCCUGCUCUGGAGAAGCUCUUGCCUCAUAUCCGUGGUAAUGUGGGCUUUGUAUUCACCAAGGAGGAUCUGUGUGAAAUCCGGGAUAUGCUGCUGUCCAACAAGGUACCAGCUUGUGCCCGGGCUGGUGCCUUGGCUCCCUGUGAUGUUACUGUGCCAGCUCAAAACACCGGGCUGGGACCUGAGAAGACCUCUUUCUUCCAGGCGCUGGGCAUCACCACCAAGAUCUCCAGAGGUACCAUUGAAAUUCUGAGCGACGUGCCUCUCAUUAAGGUUGGUGACAAGGUGGGCGCCAGUGAAGCCACACUGCUGAACAUGUUGAACAUCUCCCCCUUCUCCUAUGGACUGAUGAUCAUGCAGGUGUAUGAUAAUGGCAGUGUGUACAACCCAGAGGUUCUAGACAUCACAGAAGAAGCUCUGCAACAACGUUUCUUAGAGGGAGUCCGCAAUGUGGCCAGCGUGUGCCUGCAGAUUGGUUACCCAACGAUUGCAUCUAUUCCACACUCUGUCAUCAAUGGUUACAGGAGGGUUCUGGCGGUUGCUGUAGAGACAGACUACGUGUUCCCAUUGGCUGAGAAGGUGAAGGCUUUCCUGGCUGACCCAUCUGCCUUUGCUGCACCUGUUGCUGACGCUGCUCCAGCUGCAGCCAAGGUAGAAGAGAAGAAGGAGGAGAAGAAAGAAGAAUCUGAGGAAUCAGAUGAUGACAUGGGCUUUGGCCUGUUUGACUAGAACUUAAAUCAGCAGAACCAAAUUAGUUGAAUGAGAUGUCUGACCAAAAAUAAACCUCAUUGAAACUCC